AUGAGAAAGGAGUUUGAGGCUUUGGAGGCUAAUUUGACUUGGGACAUAGUUGAGUUACCCAGUGGUAAGAAGCCUAUUUGCUGCAAAUGGGUAUACAAAGUCACAUAUAGAACUGAUGGGAGCAUUGAGAGGUACAAGGCUAGGUUAGUGGUCAGGGAUCAAGUAGAGAGGAUUGAUUUUCAUGAAACUUUUUCCCCUGUAGUAAAAAUGUCUACUAUCAAAACUCUUGUUGCUAUUGCUAUUAAACAGAAUUGGUAUCUUUUUCAAUUGGAUGUAAACAAUGUAUUCUUGCAUUGGGAUUUGGAUGAGGAAGUUUACAUGAAACUUCCCCCCUGGAUUAUCAGUACCUGCUUUUGCUUCUUCUCCUGUUCCUUUAGUCUGCAAGUUACAGAAGUCUCUUUAUGGACUGAGACAGGCUCCAAGGCAAUGCUCCUCCCUGUCAUAUGUCCAUUAAAAUUACAUGAGACGCUCAAAGCUGCAGUGGGUGAUCCUUUACCCAAUCCUCCGACUUACAGAAGUCUAAUUGGUAAACUAAACUUCCUCACUCAUACUAAACCUGAUUUGGCUUUUGUUGUCCAACACUUAAGUCAGUUCAUGCAACUUCCUUGUAUCCCUCAUGUGAAGGCAGCUUUGCAAUUGUUAAGUUCUGUUCUGGUUUUCUGUGAUAAUCAAGCUACAAUUCACAUUGCCAAGAACUGGUAUUCCAUAAGUGCACUAAACACAUUGAAUUGGACUGCCACUUUGAUUUCAUUGCAUCACACUCCCACUUCCACUCAGUUUGCAGAUAUACUUACCAAGAGUCUACCUGGUGCUGCUCAUCAUUUUCAUAUUCGCAAGUUGGGGGUCUAA